AUGGAGUCUAAGUUCUCCGACUCUUCUUCCAAGAUCGGCUCGACCAAGCGUGGUUUCUCGGACGAGGCCCAGGAAUCGCCGACCGAGAACCAGGCCAAGCGAGCGAAACACAACAAGAAGCGUCGUUCUAAGAGCGAGAGGGACCCCGACGGCUACGUUGAGCAGCAGGACUUGAUCUCUUUCGACCAAACCUCUGCCCUCUUCAGUCCCAUUGCCCACAUGCAGAAGCAGACCCCCAUCAAGCCUCCUGCUCCGUUUCCUUUCAAGGAGGCACACAGGGCUUACGUACAAAAGUCGGCCGAGAUAACCAAGGAGGCGCUGGGAGGCGAAAGCAAGAAAAAUGUCAAAGAGAGCCUGAAGCAGCCGACGGCCCAGGACAACCCCAAGACAGAGGCCAACACCCGCAAAAAAGUCAGGGCGGAGCCAAGUGUCAACAAAACGGCAAAUGAUCGGGUUGAAGACGCCAACUCAAAGAUUACAGGCGUCACCGCACCGCCCAAGGAGGAGCACAUCUCUAAGAAACGUCGCAAGCGACCCAACAGGCAUGAGAGGCCUCAAGUUCCAGCUGUCGCCGGACCUUCGAAGCCCAAGGCUACGGACAAGCCCGCCCCAGCACCCAAGGAGCUUACUCCCCUCAGCGACAUUACCGCUCCCGUCGAUUAUUCCUUCAAGGCCUAUCCGGAUCCUCCUCCCGUCCAGUUUCUGCCCUUCACGAAGUCCAGGGCGUCUAGGGAGGCCCAGAACGGCAAUACCAAAGCCCCCAAUGCAACUCCCGUGGACGACAUCCCAAAGAACACCAUCACCGCAAUUGAACCCAACAUCUUGCCCAUCCCGGAGGCGGCACUGGCAACCCCAGCGGGCACCAAGACCCUCAAGAUUAUCAACAAGCACCUCAAGGCGCUCGAAGAAACAAUUAACGGCCAUCCUUCCCAACUCAACAAUACGUGCGACGCCCUGCGCGCCGACAUCGCCAAGCUGCACGAGCGUCUCAGCCGCGACGAGCUGCGGGCCUCAAUCCGCCACGCCAUCAUCUUCAACGCGCUGAUCAAGGUAUCGUGCGACCUGUGCGCGCUGAACGGCCGGGCCGAUAAGCACCAGCAGCAGCACGACGAACAUGACAAUGACCAUCCCACGGUCCCGGAUGGCGGCGAGACACACAAGUCCGCGACGACGGCACCUGGCAAGGACAAGGACAAGGACAGAGAGGCUGCCAUCAAGGACAAGGACAGGCUCGACAGCCUCAAGUCCAAGAAGGCCAGGUCGAUACAGCAGGCGCGCAAGACGCUCGAGCAGUGCCUGCGCAUCUACACCGAAGACAUGAACCGGGCGGCGAGCACCGACGAGGUGGCGCGGUACGGCGUGCUGUGUGUGCAGUAUGCGGGGGAUCUGUUCAAGACUUUGGGCUGAGAUUUUGGGUUCUUAUUUUUCUUUUUUCCCUUUUUUUUGUGCUGGCGUUGAGGUGCUUGUUUGAGCUCGGGGACUCGGAUUAUGCCCAUCUGAUUCGGUCUGAGUACUCGACCAUAUUUGAUGUCACCAGUACCGGAGGACGAGC